AUGCCCCCCGCCAAAGAGAAGGACAUCAAGCAGGCGCGCGCCGCCGCGGAUGAGCUGGAGAAGGCGCUGGCGGGUCAUCUCUUUCUGGGAGGCGCGAAGCCGGCUAAAGAGGACGUCGAUAAGUUUUACGAGAUGUUUGGCGAGCACAACAUCGCCUUCUACCGCUGGGUACGCAACAUGGCGUCCUUCACAGAGUCGGAACGCAAGUCGUGGGACCUGCCGGGGACUCAGUAG